CCACUGCUUUGCAUCCCCUGCAGCCCCCACCCCACUCCCAUUAAGCACUCACACAUGCUGCUGGAAGCCAGGGCAGCUGUACCCAUCUAUCAAAGCCUGUCAGCCUGAGAGCAUAGGCUCUUCCCAUUAAUUAAGCAAAUGUAAUGUGAUUAGCUAAGGCUGUAAAUGUUUCACUUAGAGAGCUACAAAACACCGAGCAUCGCAAGCCCCCAUUUUCACACUCUUGUGCCAUCUCAGAUGCUCCUCAGGGGCUGAGAGGAGCCUGAAGAAGAAAUUAAUUUCUGUGCUUCUAGAAAUGCCUUCCUGCCUACACCUUUUUGAAUUGAAGUAACAAGAACUGCUGAAAGCUGAAAUUUUGGAGAAGAAGACAUGACCAUCACAGCAGCAAGGCAAGGCAGGGAUGUGCGCCUGGAUGUGCAUCAGGCAGACACCUUCAUGGACGCAGGGAUUUACAGCGGCUGUAAGCGAUGUACCAAGGUUCACAAACUCAUCGGCACUCUCUGUCUGGGAAGAAGAAGGGAGUCAAGAUAUUCUAUAAGAGGUUAGGAUUUGACUAUGGGAGUGCAGUUCCUGCGGAAGGCAUCUGUCUGGAUAAAGAAGCACAAGAUCACUCUGCUGGCUACUUCUUGCGUGGGACUGUUUGGCGCUAACCUUUCCUAUCAUGUAUUUCCUGAGCAGACGUUCAAACUGUUGCAUGAGUGCUGGUCAGAUGGGCAGCCAGCUGAGCUUUCACAGAGGCUCUGUGCUGUCUUUCAGGAUGUCCUUCAAGAUACUGCAGUGAAGUCCACCAACUACCGAGCCUUUCCAGCUUCUGGCUUCCACCCAGUCAGUGCUGGAAUCCCCUGGCUGCCUGCAGGUUCUUUAGUGGGCAUCCCUCCUAAUUUUGAUAGCACAAUUGAGGAUAAAAGAGGAAUAGUCAACCACGUUGUUGUGAUCAGUGGCAAGGAAGUAGACUGGGAGAGCAACGAAGGUGUUGCUUUGAAGGAAGCUCUGACGUUUUCACUUGAAGCGCAGAAGUUUGCGCUUGCCAGAGAAGUUGUAUAUUUGCAGAAUGGCAGCCCUUUAGCAAGUGCAGCUGUGGCUCCAGUGUGCUUAGCUGGUACGUGUCUCUGUGGGACAGGUAUAAAGAUAGCUCUGGGUCUGUAUUCUGGCCCCAGGAUACUUCGCAGCAUCUGUAACCUCAUAACUGCCGCUGCUGGACUACUCUUCUAUUACAUUUCUUACGAUGCUAUGACCUAUCACCUGGACUGCAAGGCUGACAGAAAUGCAGCUACUGUUUCCAAAGACUAUGCCAAAGGUGGGGUGGAAUUUUAUGACAAAAUCCUGUCUCGCAACAGGAUUCUUCGUGUUCUGAUGGGCAAAGAAGGGAUAAAAAUGUAUGCCCCGAGUGGUAACCUUUUCCCAAGGUACUGGUUCAGAAUAAAAUAUACCCCGUAUACUUACCGAAGAGAUUUAAUUGUUAAUAUUUUAAAAGAGCUCCAGGCAUAGGAAGGGAGUGCUUGAAUUUUAAACUUGUGAAUUAUGUAUUCUCUUGGAACGCUGCUGUGCUGCUGUUUUUUUCUUCUCUAUAUUUUCAUUAGAAUUUGGGGGUUUAUUUUUGCAUAUAGUUUGGAACGAGUUAUUGCACAUUCCGUGAAUAAAGAAUUCUCUCUUAAAAUAUUAAAGAGUUGCUUCAAAAGA